AUGUAUGCUGAGGUCAUGUAUGCUGAGGUCAUGUAUGCUGAGGUCAUGUAUGCUGAGGUCAUGUAUGCUGAGGUCAUGUAUGCUGAGGUCAUGUAUGCUGAGGUCNAUAUCGUGGCGUAUGUGCUUCAUAUCGUGGCGUAUGUGCUUCAUAUCGUGGCGUAUGUGCUUCAUAUCGUGGCGUAUGUGCUUCAUAUCGUGGCGUAUGUGCUUCAUAUCGUGGCGUAUGUGCUUCAUAUCGUGGCGUAUGUGCUUCAUAUCGUGGCGUAUGUGCUUCAUAUCGUGGCGUAUGUGCUUCAUAUCGUGGCGUAUGUGCUUCAUAUCGUGGCGUAUGUGCUUCAUAUCGUGGCGUAUGUGCUUCAUAUCGUGGCGUAUGUGCUUCAUAUCGUGGCGUAUGUGCUUCAUAUCGUGGCGUAUGUGCUUCAUAUCGUGGCGUAUGUGCUUCAUAUCGUGGCGUAUGUGCUUCAUAUCGUGGCGUAUGUGCUUCAUAUCGUGGCGUAUGUGCUUCAUAUCGUGGCGUAUGUGCUUCAUAUCGUGGCGUAUGUGCUUCAUAUCGUGGCGUAUGUGCUUCAUAUCGUGGCGUAUGUGCUUCAUAUCGUGGCGUAUGUGCUUCAUAUCGUGGCGUAUGUGCUUCAUAUCGUGGCGUAUGUGCUUCAUAUCGUGGCGUAUGUGCUUCAUAUCGUGGCGUAUGUGCUUCAUAUCGUGGCGUAUGUGCUUCAUAUCGUGGCGUAUGUGCUUCAUAUCGUGGCGUAUGUGCUUCAUAUCGUGGCGUAUGUGCUUCAUAUCGUGGCGUAUGUGCUUCAUAUCGUGGCGUAUGUGCUUCAUAUCGUGGCGUAUGUGCUUCAUAUCGUGGCGUAUGUGCUUCAUAUCGUGGCGUAUGUGCUUCAUAUCGUGGCGUAUGUGCUUCAUAUCGUGGCGUUCGACAGUGAGGCCCGAGUGCAUGGACCAAGACUCAAUCCUUCCGAGAGGGUUGCUGACGGGAUUACAAUUCGUGUAUCCACGCAUCGAUUUGAGCCCGUUGAGAGGGAGUCUUCCAUAAAUAUGUCACAGAAACCUGUGAACCGGGAGGCAAGCGUGUCACCAAAAAUUGCUGAUGCUGCUUCUUAG